CGCCCAACCCAACGAAGCGUCGUCGUUUUGGUUCUCUCCUCUUCCUUCCAUCGCUCUUCCGAGGGAUCACAGCGCCGCGCCAUGGUUUUCGGAGCGUUGAGAUCCUUAAUCCGACCCGCAUCCAGGUUCCGUUUACCCGCAUCUCAUUUCCCUGCUCCGGCUGCAACCUUCUCCGCCGCCUCCACAUCGCCAGAGCUCCGCCGCGUCUCCGCCCCCCUAAGUCGCAACCUUCCCUGGUUUCCUCCGUGUAAUGCCUUCCACAGCCUUACGGAUUCCAGGUACCCGAAGCGUAGACCUAGCGACAAGCCUCGCCGGAAAAGAGCCAGCUUGAGACCACCAGGACCGUAUGCCUGGGUGAAAUACGUGCCUGGGGAGCCUAUACUUCCUAACCAACCAAACGAAGGGAGCGUGAAGAGAAGGAAUGAGAAGAAGAGGAUCAAGCAGCAUCGUGCAUUUAUAAUGUCUGAGAAGAGAAAGCGAAAAGCUGAGAUGCAAGAAGCCAAAAGAAAGAAACUCAUGAAAAGGGUCGAGCGGAAGAUGGCUCAAGUUGCUCGUGAAAAAGCCUGGCAAGAGAGAUUAGUUGAGCUGAAACGGAUUGAAGAGGAGAAGAAAGCUGCCAUGGCUUGAUUUCUCGACUCCGAAUUGGCCAUUAAAGGUUCUUUUAAGUUGUUAAUGGAAAUGAAACUUUUGCUGUUAAUGUGCAAAUGGCCUCCACGAACUCUAGCUCAUUAUGCUCUUUUAGCAUCCAAGUUUUUUAAUGGGUGAAAUUUGAACAGCCCCAUUAUGUGUCGUGUAUGGUUUUGACUUAAGAACAAUUUAUCUAAUAAGAAUAGGGAGUGAAAUGUGAGUUUAAUUUGUUUUAGAAAUAUGCAUUAACUGGUGGAAAGUGAUUGAAGACAUUGGCGGGAAUCAUGACAGCAUCCAAAGGGAUAAAAGUGUGAUCCAAAAAUGAUGCACUUACUAGCAACACCAGUGACUCUAUAUUUGUAAUUUCGAUAGCUUUUACAACGGCUUCAUAGUAGAUGGCGUUAGAAGAGACACAAUGUCGUGCAGUCGAGGCCCCCAUCGGGCUAAAUUUUCUUCGUUCUCUCCCUUUCUUCAAAUCAAGUUAUUCGGUGCUGUA